AUGAGAAUUUUAAAAUAGUAGGAUUUGAUUAAUGGAAAACCUUAUACUUAAAAUAUGCAUUCUUUAAAAUAUACUAAAGCAACAACUUCAUUAAUAUACAAGCCACAUAAAAAUUUCAACUUGUAAUGGGGUUCUUUAGUUGAAAGACCUAUGGUCGAUAGAGUUAUGUCAACUUCUUAAUGGCCAGUUCCUUAUUACUAAAGAUUAUUUAAAUCAUAUCCAGUUAGAGAAAGAAAAGAUAAAAUGUCCUUAUGUCUUAGUGACAUUAAUAUUGAUGAUAGUAACUGGUAUUAAGCAAAAGACUUUUUAAGAAACUCAUUCAAAGGGCGUCAGAUAAUUGAUUAUGUUGAAAACAAUAUUAAAACUGACACUUAUGUUCUCAUUCAAACUGAUGUUGCUAAUAUGGCAAAGGCCUACGUAAAUGAUAUUUGCACUUUUAUUGAUGUUGCUCAUAAUUAAAAUAAAAGAAUACUAUCCCAAACCGAUUUAUUGUGA